AAUGCUGCACCCAAUGCCGUGGAGUCUUCCAUUCCCACUGCCAUUUCCAUGCCGCCCCUGAGGACAUGAGGACGGGGAGAUGUAUCUCCUGUACAAACACAACAAUGCUGAACAAAUCUACUGAGCCUGAGUUACAACUGAAGUCGCCGACCACACAAACAGCUAUGGCUGUUGAACAUGAAGCAGAAGUAGAUUCAUUUAUUAAUGAGCAGCUCUUCAACAAGGAAGAGUUUGACUCAAUUCUCCGAGAGAGCUCGAUCGAUGGCAUCUUGCAGUGGGCUUUGCAAAACAUUCCCAGGCCCGUGUCUGAGAGCCCUGGCCUUAAUCAUUAAUGGAGGCCUUCUUCUGUGG